AUGAACAUAUACAGUGCAAUCCUAGCGAGGACCGAGGAUGAUACCGAGCUGGCCAGCGAGAAUCAUCUGGGACACAUAAUGGGAAUACAGACGGCGUUGACGGUUGCGGCUGUUGUGGUCGUUUGUCUGCGUCUGUAUGUGCGGAUGAGGCUGGUUCGAAGCCAUGGCAGCGAUGAUUGGACUAUGAGUCUUGCUGCGGUAUCCUGCCACGGGCUGGGUCGCCACAUCCAAUUCAUCGACCAAACCGACCGAAUAAAAAUGACCCAGGCAGCCUUUUGGCAAGUUAUUAUCUGCUCGGCGGCGGGAAUUGCCUUUCUCAAAAUAUCUAUUGCCUUGAAUCUCCUGAGAUUUAGUCCGACGCGAUGGUACACAGGAUGUUUAUGGGCGGGAAUUGGUCUUGUUUCCACAUAUAGCUUCAUGGGCGCGAUGACCUUCUUUCUCCAUUGCAAGCCGAUGCAAGCGCACUGGGAUACCCGGAUCAAGGAUGCCCAGUGCUACUCGGUUCAUCUUUUCGUAACCUUUGCGCUUGUGAACACAUCAUUCAAUAUAUUCACGGAUAUCCUCUUCGCGACCCUUCCGAUCCCGGUGAUCUGGAACUUGCAGAUGAAGCGUCGCGUACGCAUGUAUUUGAUCGGUGUUCUCAGUCUGGGCUACAUAGCCGUCGGCCUCGGCAUCGUCAAGACCGUCUACCAACUCGCAUACGGCAAAAGCAUUGACACCUUUUUCAACGACUCAAUCAUCUUCUGGGCUCUAGCCCAAUUCAACACCGGCAUAAUCGCCGCAUGCGUCCCCUCCUUAAAACCCCUCGUCAGCCGCGUCCUCAAACUAUCCGAAUACACGAACUCACGAUCACGCUCGCACGUCCUCUACGGUAGCAGCGCCGUGGGCCGCCACACGACUACGAGGAGCAGAAAUAGUCGACGCAUGUGGUCCAUGCAUCGGGGUGAUCAGUACGCGCUGGAGGAGCUGCAGAGCAACGAUACCUCGGCGCCGAGGCAGUCUGAUGAAGUGCGGUUCAAUGGGAAGAAUAAAACUAUCUCUAGUGGUAAUCUUAAUGGAAAGGAGGGUAGGGGGGCGGUGAUGAAGACGGUUGAGGAUCAUGGUGCUGGAGUUGAUGGCGAGGAAGGAAUGGAGGCGGAACAAAGUCCCAAAGGGGGGAUUUUGAAAACGACGCAGUUGAUUAUUAGUAGUAGGGUUGUUGAUUGA